AUUAUGUAGAUGCAAAAAUUUAUAUUUAUUCCGCAAGUACAGAAAACUGUCAUCAGCCGGAUGGUUUGUGAGUUCUGUAAAAACUAACCAUAUGAUCACAAAUUUUUCUCUCUUCUUGGCGCUUUUUAUUUAUUUUGCCUGACAAUGCAGGCAAUGAAAGUAUUUAUUCGGCUUUCCAAUCUAUCAUCAAGGCGAAGUCAAUUUCAUAGUAGAAUAUUGGGUCACUACUUGCAUCAAUCAUGCUGUGUGCACGGAGAAGGCAUCCCAUUGAAAAUGCCCUCACUGUCACCAACAAUGGUUGAAGGCAAGAUUGUCAAGUGGUUCAAGAAAGAAGGAGAUCCUAUUGAACCUGGAGAUGUACUUUGUGAUAUUGAAACUGACAAGGCGGUUGUUUCUUUUGAAACUGAUGAAGAGGGAACACUAGCAAAAAUAUUGGUGGAUCAGACAAAUGACUUGGUCAAGAUAGGCACUCUAAUAGCUGUGCUAGCUCCUGAGGGUGAAGAUUGGAAGACAAUUGAAAUUCCUGUUGAUGCCACUUGCUCCCCGCCUUCUGCACCAUCUGUUAAUGUGGAUGGCAUUGCUAUUGCCGUCACUCAACCUUCUUCAGGCAUUGCUACAUCUGAUAUCAGGAAGUUUGGGCCUUCUGUACGUCUUUUACUUCAAGAGUAUGGGCUAUCAGCUGAUCAGAUUGUAAAGUCAGGACCUCGUGACGUUCUACUCAAAGGAGACGUUCUCAAUUACAUCCAGUCUACUGGUGUGAAGAAAGUCAAGAAAACUGCAGAAUCACCUGUUAAAUCCACUCCAGCUGCAGCUGCCAAAGCUGCUGAGCCUGAAGCUAUUCCGUCUACAGCUACCUACUCUGAUGUUGAUGUCAGCAAUAUGAGACGUGCUAUUGCUAAGCGGCUCCUCCAGUCUAAAAGCGGUACGGCUCACUCAUACGCGACGAUGGACUGCUGCAUUGAUGCGCUGCUCGCCCUGCGCAGAAAGUUGAAGAAGGAUGGCAUUGCUGUGAGCCUCAAUGACUUUGUGGUGAAGGCCGUUGCCAUGUCACUACUUGAUCACCCUGCACUGAAUAAGGUCUGGCGCGGCGCGGAGGCGGUUGUGUCGCCUUCAGUUGAUGUGAGCGUAGCCGUCGCCACUCCGUCCGGCCUCAUCACUCCCAUCGUUCGGGACGCGGAUCGUCUUGGCGUCAAGGAAAUCUCAAACACGAUCAGGGAGUUGGCAGGCAGAGCCAAGAUCAACAAACUCAAACCUGAGGAGUUCGAGGGCGGGUCUUUCUCAAUUUCAAACCUGGGAAUGUUCGGCAUCCGCGAGUUUACUGCGGUGAUCAACCCUCCACAGUGUGGCAUCUUGGCCGUGGGGAGCGGCGCUCCUGUACUUAAUGGAGACGGCGUAUUUGAGACGCGCAUGCGCGCCACGCUAUCGUACGACCGGCUGGUCGUGGACGACGCCGAAGCGACCGAGUUUCUCGCCACGCUCGCUAAAUUUCUCGAGGAUCCCACACAGAUGCUGCUAGGCGUACGGGAGGCUCGCACUCGCUCUGUACACCUGCCGUAACUACAACGCUUUCAAGAUCCACCCAGGUAACAGGGGCUUUGGUCUCCCACAACGCCCACACACUAUCACACAGAAUUUUCAGUGCUUGAGUUUCUUUCAGGAAAUCACGGCCGUGCUGUACAGGUUAAUUAUGAUAAUAAGCGAAUGGAAAAGGUGUCCAAAUUGUUUCUAAGCAUAGAUUAAAAUUUCACAAUUUUUUCCCUUGAUUGUCUGAUCCAAUAUGCAAAUUAUUAGCGAAGCGCUCUGAAUGAGUCUUCUAGUGACGAGUAAUUUCUGAUGAGUCUUCUAGAGACGAGUAAUUUCUAAAUCCCUUAUGAUUUUAGUUGUAACGGGAUUUAGAACCUGCUUGAAUUUUAUUGUUAUUUGUCAUAUUAAUAUGAAAUUUUAAAUCUAUUGCAAAUUUCCAUUUCGAUUGAAGCGUGAACAUCCAAAAAAUAUUUUUUCAUAGGAAUCCAGCACCAGUUUAGUGAGAAAUUAGCCGAGUUAAAGUUAAGCUUCUGCUGUUUUAGUCUUCAAUGAGUUUGAUGAGUUGCGUCAUUUGCCAGAACAAAUAAUGGUCCUGCAAACAAUUAAAUGGUCAUGAUAUUGAUAAAAUACAAACUUCCAUCAUUGAAAUCAUUAUUGGUUUUCUGAAAAUACAGACUUCCAUCAUUGAAAUCAUUAUUUGUUUUCUGAAUUCGACAGCCGCAAGACAAGAAAAUUCUUGUUAAUGCCUAUUGCAACUGAAUAACUAUGAAAAUUAAGGAAGAUAUUUUAUUUUAUAUUUUUAGCUAGGUGCAAUUAUAAUAUAUUAUUUGUAAAGAUUCGAAGUAACCAGUAUAAGUACGGUCGCCGAUUUGUUCAUGUUUUCACAAUCCAGCUCAUUUUUCUAUCCUUGAUAAAAUUAUGGUCGCGCGUUUUAUGUUCCUCCGAGGCCUGAUCAUUUAAUGUGCGUAAAAUCCUUGCACUGCCAAAUCCUACAGUCCAUCGAUAGUUUAACGAAAACAUAUCAGAAUUACUUACUCGAUCGCUACUGCCGCGGUUUGUUUUUCCAAGCAUCCCGCAUACCAUGUUCAGGAAGGCAUGUAGAGUAAUUACAUUGUAUCGUUCUAAAGAAUUUUUCUUGAGUAAUAAACUACGCCUUUGUGUGCCGUGAUACGUGAUAUGCGGUGCUAGUAUGGAGUCUUGCUACUUGCUAGGGAUACUUACAGCGUAGAGGAUGACAAGGACACGACGGUGAACUUUUAUUUUUAUCUACCAUUUGUGAAGCUGUAACUGUUCUGAAGAAAUUUUAGCAAAUUAUCGUUGUGCCAUACACCGGAAAGAAUUAUUAACAAGAACUAUGUCAAAAUAUUGUGAAUUCAUAGUUGAGGUACAGAUAAUUAAACUAGUCAUCGAAAUGCAAUCUCUGUUGUUGGCUGACGCCGUCCAGCGAACAGCAGAAUGCACACAAACUUCCAUCACUGAAAUUAUGUGAGAUUAUUUGUUUACUUACAAGCAUGUAUAAUUACAUUAAUGCUAUGCACUGUUUAUUUAUCAGCGAGCAGCUCUAAGGAUGUUUUUACUUUUUGCUGUUGUUAUUGUUUCAAAAUGCACCCAUAGGGGAGUGGGUGAACAUUGUUUUUAUGGACAAGCAUAACUUUCAUGAAUUAAAACCUUCAUCAUGUCAACCUUACCAUCCAUUAUAUUUCGGUCUGUUGUGCUAAUUCAAGAAUUUGCGUCAAUUGAGUACUUGCAAAAAUUACCUACGGGCCUUGUGUCUUGCAAUGUUAUUUUUCCAUAAAUCAAUAUAAGUGAAGCAAUUUAUUACACGCUUUCUUAUUAUAGAUCUUCAAUGAUAUUUAAGCGCCUAGUAUCUUUUCGCUAUCUAUCGAAUUUCAACAUCUGCAAGAUUCGUUGUUGUGCGCAAAACGGAUGAGAAUUGUAAGAAACCUGCGUCGUUGAAAUGUUAAUAACAUAUUUUGUUAUCACAAGGAAGAUGUAAUAGAAAAUCAAACAUGGCAAUUAGAUCGCGGAAGAAAGGCUCACAAUGUUGCAUUUUGUGUAAGGAAUAUCAACGCAUUAUAGUGUAUGUUUUCUAAUCCAUGCCUUCGACCACAAUUCCCUCCAUAAUAAUGAUUGAUGAGGAAUUAAUUUAUGAAAUGAAUGCGGUUAUGAAUAUACCGUGUGCGCUUCUGUUACUUUGUUGAGUGCUCACUUCUGCAUGCAUGGAAACCUGUGUAAUAUACAAUGACUUACCUUUG